GGACUGGGCCGAUAUGGAAGAAAGAGGUUUCUCACACCUUCCUCCGGUCGAGCCUCUGUUAGCGGCUUACCUCCACCCUUCACAGAAGUCCACCAUGACUUCUGCGAGCCCCUCCCUGCCUUCUAAAGCCGAUUGUUUCCAAUCUUCACUGACUGAGAAAGGCUAUAAGGCAGUGGCGAUGUCGGUGAGGGCCCUGAACGCAUCGUCGCUUCUCCUAGCCUACCAGGCGGAGUUAGAGGACAACAAUGGCAACCUCACCCUCGCCCUGUGGGACGAAUUGUGCGUGGUUACGGACCUCUGCCUGCGUCUUCACAGGUGCGCUGUACAGACCUCUGGGAGCGCUAUGGCCCUGAUGGUCUCUCAGGAGAGAGCGAGAUGGCUCAACCUGUCCAGCCUCUCUCACAAGGAGAAGACCCAGCUUCUCGAUGUGCCUGUGGACCCGAAAGGCUUAUUUGGCCCAGCGGUAGCCAUCAUGCAAAAACGCUGCGAGGAAAGUAAAAGGGAGGGCGAAGCACUGCAGCUGUGUCUGCCCAGAAAAGUGCCACCCUCCCAAAUUCCUGCAGCACGGCAGACGUUUGCCCAGGCAGUAGCGAGACCAGCUUACCGCAUUCCCAAACGCCAGCCUCAGCCUCAGACAAGCGGCCGAAGCCAGAGCAUACCGCCUGAGCUAAAGGGUGCUUGGGCUAAGAAGCCCUUCGCUGCCAGUGUGACGCUAAGGGACCAGGUGAGUGGCCCGGUGACUCUGGGGGCAAAGAAGAAGCGACGUGCUACCUUACGCGGUGUCGGACAGGUGGGACAGCGGGCUCAGCCAGACGCUCGCCCCGUCCCACUCAGAAAAUGUUCUGUUCCAAAAAAUGUUUGGAGUGGCAUGUUCCAGGCCCUUCAAGAGGUGCGCAGAAGCCAUGACGGCUCUCACAGUUUGCAGCUGUAUGAAGAGGAGGAAGGUCGGACCUGCAGGGAGCACCGAGCUCAGCAGUGGCGUGUGUGUGGUGUGUCAGAUUGGGUAUUAAAGACUGUAACCAAAGGCUACAGGCUCCAGUUUGCAUGCACUCCACCCCGUUUCAACGGGAUACUGCAGUCGUCUGCACAUGGAGAAAAAGCUCAGGUUUUGCAGGAGGAAAUUGCCUCCCUGCUAAACAAAGGGGCUAUUCAGAAAGUACCGUUAGAACAGUGUCAGAACGGAUUCUAUUCAAGGUAUUUUCUAGUUCCGAAAAAGGGGGGAGGUCUGCGGCCGAUAUUAGAUCUGCGCACUCUGAACGAGUACAUGAGGAAGUACAAGUUCAGGAUCCUGAUGUACACAGCUCUACUGCGCUUCGUGCAUCAUGGAGACUGGUUUGCUUCAAUAGAUCUAAAGGACGCCUAUUUCCAUAUCCACUUAUAUCCCCCUCACAGAAAAGGGGCGAUGCUAAAAUUCAAACUUUGUCUCAGGCUGCUGGGAUUGAUGGCGUCGGCACUAACUGUCAUCUCUCUCGGCCGCCUACACGAGACCAUUUCAGCAGUGGGUUGCGUCGCUAAGAUUGAGCCCCACGCACCACUGCCAUCGCCAAGUGUUGAUCUCCUUGGCGCUGCGCCCUUGGAGACGCACGCCUUUUCUGACUACAGGCCUCGCAGAUGCAGAUGUUUCAUAUAAACUACCUGGAACUCCAGGCUGUCUUUCUGGCUGUGAAACAUUUUCUGCCCCUUCUAAGAGGGCAGAAUGUUUUAGUCAUGACGGACAACACCACAGUGGUGGCAUAUAUAAACAGACAAGGGGGACUGCGCUCACGUCAUCUGCACACAUCAGCAAGCAGACUGAUUUUCCGGGGUGGUUGCCUUCCAGAGUUCGGUGUCGGAUGUUUUGACAUUCCUUCAAGGGCUGCUGGAUAAGGGCUUGGCCUUCUCCACUGUCAAAGUGUAUUUAGCCGCGAUAUCGGCUUGUCACAUAGGCUUUGGGGAUGAAACGGCAGGUCAACAUCCUCUCAUAUGUCAAUUUAUGAAAGGAGUG